GGUACUUCUUGUGUUUGGUAGGUGUGUCUGCAUGCGUUUGACAUUCUUCAUUGUUACUCAUUCACCUGUUGUUUAUUUGUUAAGAUUAUUAAGUAGGUUGGUAAAAGUUGAGGAUUAUAUAUUUUUACGAAACUGCGAUCAACUGAACCAGAAUGGGAGUGGAAAAGAACGAAUAUCCAAAAGCUUCAGGAUAUCUUUAUUAUGGCGCCCUAUUAUCGUAUAUUGCGUUCUUUUUGCUGCUCAUAGCUUUCUGCUCCCCAUACUGGGUCCAAUCAUUUGAAAACACUGUAAACGAAUUUCUGAACAUGGGUCUAUGGGAGUAUUGCUUUGAUAAUUUCCGCUAUCCACACUACCAGUUUGACAAGUUGUUCACUGGAUGCCAUCAUGUUUUUAGCCAAGAGUAUUAUGUUAUCCGAGAGUGGCUUGUGCCAUCUUGGUUGAUGUCCGUACAGGCUUUUGUGACAAUUUCUUUCCUGCUGAGUGCAACUGCACAAGUAUUGCAAGCAUUGCAGUUGUGCAGAUGGCCUUUAAAUUUUGUCCUUCGUUAUGAAUAUAUUCUAUCUGGAAUUGAUUUUAUUUGCAAUAGUUUAUCAGCAAUUUUCAUGUUUUUGGCUGUAUUAAUCUUUGGAACAUCACAUGCUCGCCGUGAUUGGUUAUUGUAUCCCAAUUACAAUUAUCUGAGCUGGUCCUAUGGUGUGGCUAUCUUAUCAUUCUUCUUUCAUAUGUUUGCUGCAAUGGUUCUUUGGAAGGAAGCUAAACAAAGUUAUGAGCUGAGAAGGGAGUCCAAGAAUCUUAUUAUGCAGAUGCAACACCACCAACACCAACCACACCAUACACAUUGGUGAUAACUAUAUCAAAUAUUUUAUUGCAAGCUAAUUGUCAUACUAUUCUAAGUUCAAAAACACUAAAUUAACAUUCAACUGUUGGUGGUCAUUAUAUUAAUUCCUAAAGCAUACAUUAAUAAUGCAGGA